UGAUCGCGUGCCCGGUGUCAUGGCGGCCUGCAGGCACUGCUGCUCGUGCCUCCGGCUCCGGCCGCUGGGCGAUGGCCCCCUCCGUCUAUCAGGGCGGGAUCGGGCACUCACCCAGCUGCAGGUGCGAGCACUAUGGGGUGGCAUGGGGUCCCGUGCCGUGGCCGUGGACUUAGGCAGCAGAAAAUUGGAAAUAUCCUCUGGAAAGCUGGCCAGAUUUGCUGAUGGCUCUGCUGUAGUACAGUCAGGUGAUACUGCGGUGAUGGUCACAGCGGUCAGUAAAACGAAACCUUCGCCUUCCCAGUUCAUGCCUUUGGUCGUUGACUAUAGACAGAAGGCUGCUGCAGCAGGUAGAAUUCCCACAAACUAUCUUAGAAGAGAGAUUGGAUCCUCUGAUAAAGAAAUUCUUACAAGUAGAGUAAUAGAUCGUUCAAUUAGACCUCUCUUUCCUGCUGGCUACUUUUAUGAUACUCAGGUCCUUUGUAAUUUGUUAGCAGUUGAUGGUGUUAAUGAACCUGAUGUCCUAGCAAUUAACGGUGCUUCUGUAGCCCUCUCAUUAUCAGAUAUUCCUUGGAAUGGACCUAUUGGGGCAGUGCGAAUUGGCAUCAUUGAUGGAGAAUGUGUUGUUAACCCAACACGAAAAGAAAUGUCUUCCAGUACUUUAAAUUUAGUAGUUGCUGGAGCACCUAAAAGUCAGAUUGUCAUGUUGGAAGCCUCUGCAGAGAACGUUUUACAGCAGGACUUUUGCCAUGCUAUCAAAGUGGGAGUGAAACAUACACAACAAAUAAUUCAGGGCAUCCAACAGUUGGUGAGAGAAAUUGGUGUUACCAAGAGGACACCUCAGAAGUUAUUCAUCCCUUCGCCAGAGAUUGUGAAGCACACUCAUAAACUCGCCAUGGAAAGACUCUAUGCAGUUUUUACUGACUAUGAACAUGAUAAAGUUUCCAGAGAUGAAGCUGUUAACAAGAUACGAUUAGAUACAGAGGAACAACUAAAAGAAAAAUUUCCAGAGGCUGAUUCAUAUGAAAUAAUAGAAUCCUUCAAUGUUGUUGCAAAGGAGGUUUUUAGAAGUAUUAUUUUGAAUGAAUACAAAAGGUGCGAUGGUCGAGAUUUGAUUUCACUUAGGAAUAUAAAUUGUGAGGUAGAUAUGUUUAAAAUUCUUCAUGGAUCAGCAUUAUUUCAAAGGGGACAAACACAGGUGCUUUGUACUGUUACAUUUGAUUCAUUAGAAUCCAGUAUUAAGUCGGACCGAAUUAUAACAGCUAUAAAUGGGAUAAAAGAUAAAAAUUUCAUGCUGCACUAUGAGUUUCCUCCUUAUGCAACAAAUGAAACGGGCAAAGUCACUGGUGUAAAUAGAAGAGAACUUGGGCACGGUGCUCUUGCUGAGAAAGCUUUGUAUCCUGUUAUUCCCAAAGAUUUUCCUUUCACCAUAAGAGUCACAUCUGAAGUGCUGGAAUCAAAUGGAUCAUCUUCUAUGGCAUCUGCAUGUUGUGGAAGCUUAGCAUUAAUGGAUGCAGGGGUUCCAAUUUCAUCUGCUGUCGCAGGUGUAGCAAUAGGAUUGGUCACCAAAAACAGUCCUGACAAGGAUGAAAUAGAAGAUUAUCGUUUGCUGACAGAUAUUCUGGGUAUUGAAGAUUACAAUGGUGAUAUGGAUUUCAAAAUAGCCGGCACUAAUAAGGGAAUAACUGCAUUACAGGCUGAUAUUAAAUUACCUGGGAUUCCAUUAAAAAUUGUAAUGGAGGCCAUUCAACAAGCCUCAGUGGCAAAGAAGGAGAUAUUACAGAUUAUGAACAAAACUAUUUCAAAACCUCGAGCAUCUAGAAAAGAAAGUGGACCUGUUGUAGAAACUGUUCAGGUUCCAUUAUCAAAACGAGCAAAAUUUGUUGGACCAGGUGGAUAUCAUUUAAAAAAACUUCAGGCUGAAACAGGUGUAACCAUUAGUCAGGUGGAUGAAGAAACAUUUUCUGUAUUUGCACCAACACCCAGUGCUAUGCAUGAGGCAAGAGACUUCAUUACCGAAAUCUGCAAAGAUGAUCAAGAACAGCAAUUAGAAUUUGGAGCAGUAUAUACCGCCACAAUAACUGAAAUCAGAGACUCUGGAGUAAUGGUUAAACUAUAUCCCAAUAUGACUGCAGUACUACUUCAUAACUCACAACUUGAUCAACGAAAGAUUAAACAUCCUACUGCCCUAGGAUUAGAAGUUGGCCAAGAAAUUCAGGUGAAAUACUUUGGACGUGAUCCAGCUGAUGGAAGAAUGAGGCUUUCUCGCAAAGUGCUCCAGUCUCCAGCUACAACUGUUGUCAAAACUCUGAAUGACAGAAGCAGUAUUAUAAUGGGAGAAUCUGUUUCACAGUCAUCAUCUAAUUCUUCCCGGUGAUAUAUAUAUAUAUUUUUUAAAGAGAAUUCUAGAAUGAUAUCUAUGGAGCAAAAUUUCAGUAAUAUCUUCUAAUGUAUAGAUUUAUAUAUACUAUAAAUAUAAAAUGCUCAUUUUACGUGUGUCAGUUUUUAAUUUCAAGAGUACCUAUAUUCUCUCAUUCUUAUUUACAUUAUAAAUCAAAUAUAUAUUAAACCAUUUAUAUAUCUUAGGAAAGAUUAUUACCCUUUUUUCCCAUAGUUCUGAAAUAUCUGAUAAAUUUAGAAAUAAUAGAUCAUAUUUGCUACUUUAAUGGAUCACUUCCUACAUAUAUACUCUUAGUCCUCUUAUGGCUCACCUCUGCCCAACUUUACUCAUCUACAAUGAUUUUAGUCUGGAACUUGCCAUAGUCAAAGCCAGUGCCUAUUUCUUUAGUACAAUUACCAGCUAUAGCAAGGAGUUGAGGGAGCUAAUUUGAUCUGUUUUUAAUGAUAUACUGCCUUUCAAAUUGGUCACAAAACCAUAACAUAGUGAAGUGAAUAUAAUAAGAUCCUAACUAGAACUAGGUAGCAUUUUUUUUUCAAAUUUAGAAAAUAUUUAGUAUAUAUUGGAAAAUUACUCAACAAAAUAGUCAUAUUUUGAUUAUGUAUGUAUAGAUAUUCUUGGUAUAAGGGAUGGAAGAAUCAUGAUUUUCAGUUAAAUGUUAUUUUAAACAGUCAUAUAGAAGCUGUUGAUAUAAUUAUUAGUAAUAGCUGUAAGAUGUUCAUUCCCAUCAUUUACCAUAUUAUUAUUCUACAAAGUAAAUGGUUCAUGGAAGUCAUAACUUGAAAUAUGCAGUACUUUUAUAAAUCUGAUAAAAAAUAUUUGUAAAUUCAGGACUCAGGCAUAACUAGUUCAUAAAAUUUUAAAAAUAUAACUGGCCAAAGAUUUUUUAAAUGUAGGUAUUUAAACCAGUAAACAUUGAUUAUACAUAUAUACAGUUUGUAAAAUAACAUGUUAGGCAAUGUUGAUAUAAUUUCUGAAAUAUUGAAGAUUAAUUGAAAAAUGAAAGAUUAAAUUUAAACUAUGCUUUGUA